AUCGAGCCCUUUCUUUGUGAGUGAAAAGCUUGCCCAACCGCAGAACAGGAGGUUUGACGAGUACAGGAGGUGUGACUCGUGAUCCAAUGUGAGUAAGUAGAGAAAUCGUCCACGACUUGGUUAUAAAUUGGAUGCGAUUUGUAGUUACGAUUACGAAGGGAACAACAACGAUGAUGGCGCGUCCGUCUGUAGACAAGUUAUUUAUGCUCGGCGCUUUUGCUCUCUGCUCGUUGCAUGCGCGUGGUGAUGAUGGCAGUGCAAAUCGUCGAAUACACACUGCUGCUACAAAUACGCAACGACAAGGAGAACCUAGAAGUACGAGUACAACAAGUAGUCAAAAAAGCGAGAACAACGGUCGAGCUCAUGCACAAGGCGGUAAAAGUAGCAGCAGUUCCACCACUACCGCAGGUUCGACAGGUGAGACGAAAAAGAAUUCACGUUCAUCACCAAAACGGGUUACGACACUUGCGACACUCGAGUCAGCCAUGAAACAGAGACCCUGGUACGAGGUUCCGUGGAAGCGUGCAUUAUACUCCGGUCUUGAGGGUGAUCCUGAUUGCGGAACGUGGUACAACCCAGACGACACCAUAGAAUGGCUAGUCGAAAUCGCCAUUGCAAUCCCAGUCUUGCAUAUUUAUGAAUUCGGAGAUUUAGCACUAGAACCCCUCUUAGCUGCACUAUUCUAAGUAGUUAUUUUUCGCUUUGUAAUUUCGAGUUCCGCGGCAUAUUAACUUUUGUCUUUGUCAUAAUGUUGGAUGUUAUAUUAAUAGUUCGCUCUUCAACGAGUGCAUGUACAUCGUCUUUCUAAUACGUGUUGUGGCGGAAACGACCAGAUUCGAUAGCGGAUGCGUUUUUGAAGAGCGGCAACCGCUAUAAAAAGAUCUUUUCGGAUCCUACAAAACUCGACUUGCUCCUUGCGUUCAUCAUAUUUCUCCCCUUGCCUUACUUGAUCCAGCAACGACUUCAAAAGCAGUCUUUAGCUACGAUGGGCCACAUUUGCCAUUUCGCACUUGUCUCUGGAUUACUCGCCAUGACUUUGCCUGCCUCUUGCGGUGGCCUCACAAGGCGCCUCCUUGUUCACGCCUGUCUUCCGUUUUUAGGUUGUUUUAUUCCACCACUGGUGAAGCCCGAUUGGCGCGGAUGGGGUCCGGAGUACGACGUGUGGAUCAUACCCGAAAGGUUCAAAGUGAACAUGUACACGCUCUCGUUCUACGGCGAACACAUAGGCCUCGGAUUCAUGAACCUGUAUAUGAUAGCACUUCUAGUUUUUCACCCGUCUUUGUCUACUACAAGGUGUUUGUUUUUUUCUACGAUACCAACCUCGACCUGGUUGUUGUUGAGCAUAAUGGAAGAAUUUUAAUUUCGUUGUUGCUAAGCUGCAUUUUUUGAUGGACUUCAAUCGGAAAUUAUCAUGUGAUGAAUAAGAAUAGGAAUCAUGCCAAAGCCAAACUACUGAUCAUUUAAUUUUUCUCAUGAAUCUGCUCUUUUGAGUUUAUAUCGACACGACUCAUGAUUUUCAGGUGGCUGCUUUUUGGUAGCAGAUUCGCACCUCUCUUCGAGCACAUGUAUCACACGUGCGCGGCUGAGUUCUCAUGGAAUACAAUUUUAGGUGCAUAUUGGAUUCUCGAGAUUCCUUACACGGCUGCCGCGCGACUCCUAGAGUACAAUAUCGGGUACCAAAACUGUCCACCUGCAGUCAUCAAGCCAAUCGCAAUUCGAAUGCUAAAUUAUGAUUCAUAAAUUCAUUUGAUGGAGCUAGGGAUAAACGUCCUAGAUGCUCGAUGAUUUAUACCGCAAAUUUGAUCUGAUCAUGAUUUUGUCUUUUGAUGUUGAGGGUAGAAGAUGUGUUCGCGUUUACUUAGAUUGUUGAAGUUCUUGAAGUCGGCCGGAAGAUAAAGUGGCCACUUGAUGUAUGUUCUUAUCUAGAUGAAGCAAAAAUUGGCUAACAACUCGAGUCGACGACUCAGACUCUUCACUCUUCUUUGACCAAAUAGAAAUUGCGAUCUUCAUCUAAUGAGCGUCUGUUGUUCCAAAUGUGCAUUAUGAGCAGUAUCUGGGACCCGUUGACUGGUAUGACCAUGCAGUAGUUCCGCGGGCUGGCGCCUACAUAGACCCCUUCAAUCGCACGCAUGAGGUUUACUCACGGCGUGACAUAUACGCAGACAUGGAUCCAAAUGCGGUUCGUCUGCGAUUCUCGUAUUGGCACUUCUGGUACAACAUGUGCAUUGUCGGUUGGGCCUUCGCGCCCAUUUUCCUGGCCGCGUUUUGGUUCGGCGGACGCAUUGUAUGGGGACCGCGUCAACAAAGUUCCAGGGGUGGAGAGGCUUCUACAUCAUCUUCGCGACCUCCGUCUUCAUCUUCAAGAAAGAACCAGCAAAGUUCUAGAAAGCCAAGCGCAAGUAGUGCUGCAAAAGCGAGGGCCCCAUCUUCACAACGAAAGAAGGCUUCAAAGGUGCGCGGAGCAUCGGCUACUUCACUGGCCAAGAAAAAGAAGAAGGCAGAGUGAACUUUGUUGAGCAAAGAUCCACGAUCACACAUAUUAAAGAGGUAAAUCUAAAUGUCCAUUGCUUUGCACACAUAACGAAAAUCUUGCGCUGAAGGCUGUCUUAGUAUUUUACGCCUGGCUGCUUAUUAUAAUUGUAAUGAUUCACACGCAAUUAGAUAGCCAUAGCUACUUUUAUCUGUCCCUGUUCCAACUAGUAAUUUCGUGGUUGUUACCAACCUGCUCGAC